AUCAGUGAUACUUUCGGCACCUGUUCGUAUGGAGUGACCAUCCUGUGGGACCAAGAUCUUUCUUUCGCUCACCCAGUCAGCACCUUCCGAGUAAUGGCAGAGGGCCAGGACCAAGGGGAGGAACUUCAGAGAAGUUCCCAGGAGGUCAUGCCAAGCUGGUUGUCCUGAGAACCGCUGCCCUAAGGAAAAUCAAGGAGUCAUGAGAAGAAAUGGGAAGCGGACGCUGGAAGGGCAGAACUGUUAUCAACUACACCCAUUUUACAGACUGAGGAGUUGAAGCUCUGCAGUGCUAAGCCACUGGCCCAGAAUCAUCAGCCUGUAACUGGAAGGCCGCUGCCUGUUUGUCAUCCUGCUCAUGGCGGUGUACUGGUGCACAGAGGCCCUGCCCCUCUCAGUGACAGCCCUGCUGCCCAUCAUCCUCUUCCCCUUCCUGGGCAUCCUGCCUUCCAGCAAGGUCUGCCCCCAGUACUUCCUCGACACCAACUUCCUCUUUCUCAGCGGGCUGAUCAUGGCCAGCGCCAUCGAGGAGUGGAACCUGCACCGCAGAAUCGCCCUCAAAAUCCUGAUGCUUGUGGGGGUCCAGCCAGCCAGGCUCAUCCUGGGGAUGAUGGUGACCACCUCGUUCCUGUCCAUGUGGCUGAGCAACACUGCCUCCACUGCCAUGAUGCUGCCCAUCGCCAACGCCAUCCUGAAGAGUCUCUUUGGCCAGAAGGAGGCACGGAAGGACUUCAGCCGGGAGAGUGAAGAAGCCACAGCUGCUGUGCGGAGGAAUGGCCUGCACGCUGUGCCCACGGAGAUGCAGUUUCUCGCCAGCACAGAAGACAAAGACCGCCUAGAGGAAGUGGAGGCUCCACUGGACCUGCCCAUGGACUGCACGAAGGAGGAGGAAUACCGCAGAAACAUCUGGAAGGGCUUUCUCAUCUCCAUCCCCUACUCAGCCAGCAUCGGGGGCACUGCCACACUCACAGGCACAGCCCCCAACCUCAUCCUGCUUGGCCAGCUCAAGAGUUUCUUUCCACAGUGCGACGUGGUGAAUUUUGGCUCUUGGUUCAUCUUCGCCUUCCCUCUCAUGCUGUUGUUCUUGCUGGUGGGCUGGCUCUGGAUCUCCUUCCUGUACGGCGGUGUGAGCUUGAGGAGCUGGAGGAAGAAGAAAUCUGAGAUGAGAGCUGAUGCAGAAGAUAGAGCUCGAGCUGUAAUUCGGGAAGAAUUCCAGAAUCUGGGGCCCAUCAAGUUUGCAGAACAGGCCGUUUUCAUCCUUUUCUGCAUGUUCGCCAUCCUCCUCUUCUCCCGGGACCCGAAGUUUAUCCCUGGCUGGGCCAGCUUCUUUACUCCUGGGUUCCUUUCUGAUGCUGUCACCGGCGUGGCCAUUGUCACCAUCUUGUUCUUCUUCCCGUCCCAAAGGCCCUCUCUCAAGUGGUGGUUUGAUUUCAAAGCUCCCAACACGGAGACGGAGCCUUUGCUGACCUGGAAGAAGGCCCAGGAGACGGUGCCCUGGAACAUCAUCCUCCUCCUGGGCGGGGGCUUCGCCAUGGCGAAGGGCUGUGAGGAGUCGGGGCUGUCUGCGUGGAUCGGCGGGCAGCUGCACCCCCUGGAGCACGUGCCCCCUGUGCUGGCUGUGAUGCUCAUCACCGUCGUCAUCGCCUUCUUCACCGAGUUCGCCAGCAACACCGCCACCAUCAUCAUCUUCCUGCCCGUCCUGGCAGAGCUGGCCAUCCGCCUGAGAGUGCACCCCCUGUACCUGAUGAUCCCCGGCACCGUCGGCUGCUCCUACGCCUUCAUGCUCCCGGUCUCGACGCCCCCCAACUCAAUCGCCUUCGCCUCUGGACACUUGCUGGUCAAAGACAUGGUGCGCACCGGCCUCCUGAUGAACCUGAUGGGCGUCCUGCUGCUUAGCUUGGCCAUGAACACCUGGGCACAGACCAUCUUUCAGCUGGGUACCUUCCCGGACUGGGCUGACGUCCACGCAGCCAAUGUCACUGCACUGCCACCCACCUUGGUCAAUGAUACAUUUCGGACCUUCUGAGUCCACCUGGGGGACUCUCUUUAGUUCAGGCCCUCCCAGAGGGCCAUCACCUGCUGCUAGGACCCAACAGGACAAUCAAGCAAUUCUUUUUCUGUAAUCCAAUAUGCAGCAAGCAAGAGUGACCUCCAGUGGUCCACUCGGUCCACAGGCUCAUUUUCUAGGACACUUUCUUUCCCUCUUGUGCAGUUUGAGAUCCAGAUGUCUCCCAGCUCUGCUUCCUGAGAAACGAGCUCCUUGGUCUGGGACCUGUAACGCACUUAGGGUGCAGAGAGCCCAGUUCCAGCGAUGAGAAGCAAACUUGGAAGGUGUUUGUCUUGCACAGUUGGGAGGGGCCGUCCCUUCCUCCGGGCAAGGCUAACGCAUCCCCCAGUGACUAGUUGAGGUAACACUCUGGAGACCAUCUUGUUUUUAAGGGUUACUUUCCUGGGCGAGGCCUUGGGGGCUCUAUGUCUCAGGCCAGCUGUGCUGGCUGUCCACAACCGGCGUGUGUUCUGCCUGGCCGAUGCCCGCUCUGGGCCAGUGGUUUGACUGUUGCCACUGCUGAUACCAAGGAACCAGAGAUUCGUUCCAACCCGGGAGACAGGGAGGAACAGGUGACUUCCUGAGGCCGUGGAGGCUGUGCGAAGCCUCCCUGCUGCCCCCGAGCUCCUGAGCACACCAGGGGAGUCUGGAAACCUCAGCUGGCAGCUCUGCCCACAAGGUUGACGAUAGUUCUGUUUAUCUGAUCUGGUUUGGCCCUAAUUCUGGGGUCAGGCCAAGCCUGGGCUUUGCCCUCUCAUAGGUGACCCAUGGCGCCACGACCCUCCUGCACGUGGCCUUCAGGGCUUCUGUGGCUACUGGGUAGGUGGCCUUUUCUUGUGCCAGCAACUGGUCUUUACCUCCCCACCCCUACCCCAAGAGGUAAGCAGAAAUUAGCAAAAGUCACAUUUUUUCAGGAGUGAGAAAAAAGUCAAAGGACAGUGGCCUGGUGAAAGGCCAGGGGGAAAUGUCUCAGGCAGGCAAAUAUUAUCCCCUCAAGUAGAAGGAAAACCAAGACAUCCGCAAUGUCCUGGAGGAUUUGAUCCCUCUCUAAUUCAAGCAAAGCAUCUGGGCCUCCCCCGGAUGUCCUGCCCAGCCGGUGCUCAGAAAGUGCCCGCUGAGUGGAGCGGCCCAGCGCUGGCCCAGCAUCAGGAAAGGCCCCGGCCCGGGCG